AUGCUCACUCGACUCAGCCUGAACCGCAUUCUCGCGCCUUCGGCGAAUUCCUCGCUCUGCAAGACGCGACCAUUACUGACGAUGUCUGCGCAUCAGCCUCUGCGCUGCGCUCAGCGGCGAUGCGCCACCAAGGCCGAAGCCAAGGCAUCCACUGGGGCGAAGCAGCAAGCAACCUCGGCUACCGGCGGGGCUGCUGAGACGAAGAUCGCGUCUCAGCACCCGGCUUCGCACGGUCCGCAGCGCAAGGACUGGCGCACGCACAAGGAAGUUGUCUACGUCAAGGGUGUUCCAGCGAAGGGAAGCCUCUUCAAGCUGCCACUGGCGGAGCAGUUCAUCAUUUGCCUUGUCUUCUCCAUUGCUGGGUCAGCCGCAGUGUACCUCGUGCGGCCGCAGAUUCGUUACCUCUGCCAUAACGGCUUUCUCGGGCUCACUGACGAGGCGGGGUGGUGGAACGGGCCGUGGCUCUACCGCCUCAUGUACUGCCUCAUCAUGUUCCCCAGCUACUCACUCAUCCUCUUCGUUGUCGGUGGGCUGUUUGGGCGUCGCAUCUGGUUCUCCUUCAUGAUCCAUAAGAUGUGGUCCCGCUUCCUCACACGCAAUGCGUCGCGGCGCCUGGAGCACUUGCUGGACCUGCAGCACUAUUAA